UCCUUCGCCUCCGCCCCCAUCAUCAAAAGCCCCCCUCUCCUCUCCCCUCCUCCUCCCCUUCCACACCGCACCACUCCACGCCUUCCUCCUCUUCUCUCGCAGUCCACUCGCUGGUCUCUCCAAUUCUUGGCUUCUUUGCUCUGCUGGAUUAGCAGCAGCUGCUCUGCUUCUUGCUCUGCCCUUGUCUUUGGGCUUUCAGGGCGGUGUGCUGAGGCCGAGCGGUUUGGGCGGUCUCAAGAAUCGCUUGUGCGUGCGGGGGAGUUGUCGUGGGAGGUGGGGAUGGAGAGGUACGAGGUGAUCAAGGACAUAGGGUCGGGGAACUUCGGCGUGGCCAAGCUUGUCCGGGAUGUGCGGACCAAGGAGCUGUUUGCCGUCAAGUUCAUCGAGAGGGGGCAGAAGAUCGACGAGAAUGUCCAAAGGGAGAUUAUGAACCACAGGUCACUGAGGCAUCCGAACAUUGUUAGAUUCAAGGAGGUUGUGCUAACUCCCACACAUUUGGCCAUAGUUAUGGAAUAUGCUGCUGGAGGUGAGCUAUUCGAAAGGAUUUGCAGUGCUGGGAGGUUUAGCGAGGAUGAGGCAAGGUUCUUCUUCCAGCAGUUGAUUUCAGGAGUUAGCUACUGUCAUUCCAUGCAAAUAUGUCAUAGAGAUUUGAAACUAGAAAAUACUCUCUUGGAUGGGAGCAUAGCACCUCGGCUCAAGAUAUGUGAUUUUGGUUACUCAAAGUCCUCUUUGUUGCACUCUCAACCGAAAUCUACUGUCGGUACUCCAGCUUAUAUCGCUCCUGAGGUCCUUGCUAGAAAAGAAUAUGAUGGAAAGGUUGCUGACGUUUGGUCAUGUGGAGUAACUCUAUAUGUGAUGCUUGUUGGUGCGUACCCCUUUGAGGACCCUGACGAACCAAGAAACUUCCGCAAGACAAUUACUCGGAUACUAAGCGUACAAUACAUGGUUCCUGAUUAUGUUCGAGUUUCGAUGGAAUGCAGACAUCUUCUGUCCCGGAUUUUCGUGGCAAACCCAGAGCAACGAAUUACCAUUCCUGAGAUCAAGAACCACCCAUGGUUCCUCAAGAACCUGCCGAUCGAGAUGACUGACGAGUACCAGAUGAGCGUCCAGAUGAACGACAUCAACACCCCGUCACAGGGCCUGGAGGAGAUCAUGGCCAUCAUACAGGAGGCGCGGAAGCCGGGUGAUGGCUCCAAAUUCUCCGGGCAGAUCCCGGGCCUAGGGAGCAUGGAGCUCGACGACGUUGACACCGACGACAUCGACGUCGAGGACAGCGGCGACUUCGUGUGCGCAUUGUGACGAGGCCGUGAACUUGCUUUCUCUUCUUGGAGUGUGCUGCUCCUUUUGUUGUGCUGCUGUUCAUUUCUGAGAGCUCCAUUCUGUUGUUGUGUCAGUGUUUGUAAACGAGGUGCUGUGGAUAAUCUGAACUCUUUUAUAUGUUGGUGUUCUUAGCUGAA